CAAACAAACACAAUAAGCGGAGGGGGAUCGCGUGCGGGUAUAUAUAUAUGGAGGCCGAGUCCAGAAACAGUAAAGAAAAGCAUUCGCUUCAAGUCAAACUCCGAAAACUCACCAAAAACUAGCCGAUUAAAUUAGGAAAAAAUCGGAAAAUAUUGCGACUGUUUCGCGUCGGUGUCUCAUUUAUCCGGCGAGCGUUGAAUUUGAUGAUCGGAAGUACGGCUGACGCGUCGGCCUGUGCGGCGGUGCACGACGGCAGUGGACUAGAAUCGGAAGUUACCGGUGAGGCGGCGGUGGUUGGGAACGGUUGAGAGAUAAGUAAGGAUAGUAAGGAAAAACUGUAUCUAAGAAUGAGGAAAGGCAAGGGGAAGAACAGCAAACUGCUGCCUAAUUCCUUGAGAAUUAUUUCUUCUUGUAUCAAAACGGUGUCGACGAAUGCUAGCACCGCUGUGCGCUCCGCCGGUGCUUCUGUCGCCGCCUCCAUUUCCUCUUCCGGAGACGAUCGGAAAGAGCAGGUAUUAUGGGCUGGCUUUGAUAAGUUAGAGCUUAGUCCAACUACCUUGAGGCAUGUCCUAUUACUUGGUUACCUAAAGGGUUUUCAAGUGUUCGAUGUUGAGGAUGCUUCUGGUUUAAGUGAAUUGGUUUCCAGGCGUGAAGGACCAGUUACCUUCUUACAGAUGCUUCCAGCUCCUGCAAAUUGUGAUGGUACUGGAAAGUACAGUUCUUGUCAUCCCAUGCUGGUUAUUGUUGGAGGAAAUGAGGAAGAAAGAAUCACCCCACAUACUGUGCCAGCGCAUGUCAGAUGUGAUGUGGCAGAGUCAUCAUACAGUUCUUUUGACCCCCCUAGUUCUGUUCGGUUUUACUCAAUGAGAUCGAAUGAAUAUGUAAAGGUCAUUGACUUUAAGUCUGCAGUAUUUAUGGUUAGAUGCAGCCGCCGAGUAGUAGCUAUUGGUCUUGAAGAACAAGUUUACUGCUUUGACACCCUUACUCUUGAGAAAAAAUUCAUAGUUGUCACCUAUCCUGUUCCUCGAGUUGGAGAGCAAGGAUCUUUCGGGAUCAACACAGGUUAUGGUCCAAUGGCUGUGGGCCCAAGGUGGUUGGCUUAUCCUCCUAAUCGACCAUUCCUGUUAAAUACUAGUCGGGUGAGUCCAAAGAGCCUCACGUCAAGUGUUAGUCCAUCGACAUAUCCUGGCAGUGGCACAAUGAUGGCGCGUUAUGCAGUGGAAUCCAGCAAACACUUAGCUGCUGGAUUACUCACAUUAGGAGACAUGGGAUAUAAGAAAUUAUCCAAGUAUUAUCCAGAGCUCCUUCCUGAAAGUCCUAGUUCUCCAGGCUGGAAAGCUGGGAAGCUAGCAGCAUAUGAACCAGAAAAUGCUGGCGUUGUUGCCGUGAAGGACCUCGUUUCCUCUGAGAUUAUAUCGCAAUUUAGGGCUCAUACGAGUCCAAUAUCUGCUUUAUGUUUUGAUCCAAGUGGGACCCUUCUGGUUACUGCCUCUGUUCAUGGAAAUAACAUAAAUAUAUUUCGCAUCAUGCGUUCUCACAAAGCCAGUGGAUCAGGUACAGGUGACUGGAGCACUUCUUAUGUCCAUCUUUACAAGCUGUAUCGCGGAAUGACUAGUGCUGUCAUCCAAGAUAUCUGCUUUAGUCAUUACAGUCAGUGGAUUGCUAUCGUAUCAUCAAGAGGAACUUGCCAUAUAUUUGCUUUGUCCCCCUUUGGGGGAGGUGAUGGGUUUCAAACACUACAUGCGCAAGGAAGAGGUACUUCUCUGUUUUUAGCUUCGACUCCACCAUGGUGGUCUACUCCAACUUUCACAUUGAAUGAGCAACAUUCUUUGCCCCCACCUUCUUGCACCCUCUCUGUUGUCACCAGGAUAAAGUGCAGUGAUUCUGGCUUGCUUAAUUCAGUUAGCAAUGCUGCUGCUUCAAUGGUGGGUAAGUUAUGGGUUCCAUCUGGAGCUGUUGCUGCAAUUUUCCACAAGUCUAAUUCUACUGGUUCACUGGAUGUUAAGUUGAGUGGUAGUUCACUGGAGCAUAUCUUAGUUUUUGCCCCAUCAGGCUUUGUGGUUCAACAUGAAAUUGUGUCCCCUAUGGGGCUUGAACGAAGUGAGAAUAAAACUGAGUCUAUGCCAGCUCCACAAGCCAAUGCGCAAAGUGAGGAGUUAAGGGUGAAAGUUGAACCUAUUCAAUGGUGGGAUGUGUGCAGAAGAUUAGAUAACAUGGAGAGAGAGGAGUGUAUUUCUGGGAGUUUCUUUGAUGGAUUGAAUGAUCCUGAGAUUGAUGAUGACUCCAAAAUGGUUUUAAAGGAGAAUCCAAGUGCUGGAGAGAAGAAGCCAGGUAAGACUGAUUCACUGAAGUCCUCUGAGAGAUCGCAUUGGUAUCUUUCAAAUGCUGAAGUGCAAAUAAACUCCUGCAGAUUACCCCUAUGGCAAAAGUCGAAGAUGCGUUUCCACUUAAUGGAACCUCCAAGAGCAGAAUGUUAUUUGGGUGGGGAGUUUGAAAUUGAGAUGGCUCCUUCACAUGAAAUUGAGAUAAGACACAAGGAUUUGUUGCCAAUAUUUGACAAUUUUCCGAGAGCAAGAUCUGGCUGGAUUGACCGAUCCAUAGCUUGUGAGGGAAGAUGUCAUACUGCUUCCUCUAAUAGUUGUCAAGCUAGAGAAAAGACCAAUGAAGCAAGUAUUAUUUGUCAUUCAAAGCCACCUUCAUUUAGUUCUACUGAAAGCUCCGAAGGAGGGUCAUCUAGACGAAUGGAGAAUUUGCUUGACUUGGAUCACAUGAGCGUUGAUAGAUCUCCAAUACUUGUUACCCAUGCGGCAAGUGACUUAAACACGGAAAGAGAUGAGAGUGGCAGUUUCAAGGUUUCCUUAAUGGACCAGAGAUAUAGACCCAUUAUUCCCAUUCCCUCUGUAAACAGCCACGUCAAUUUUCUUGUUGAUCAUGCUACCAUUAGUAGGUCAUCCUCACUGGGCAAUGAGAUUCCAUUAUUGAAUGUUGACAAUACUGACUCAGCUGUAGAUGUUAUGCCUUCAAGGACUGAGGAAACAGUAGAUUUUGCGCACUUAUUUAAGGAAGAGUACUGUUAUAAGCCUGAAGUUGGGACUGAUGAGAUGGGUAACAGGGGUAAUAGCCAUGAAGAGGGAAAACCCGAAGAUGAAGGAUGGAUUGGUGGGAUGUUUGAUUUUUCUGAAGAAGGCUAAGUGAUACUUCUGCCGAAAGAAUACGGCGCGUGCUUGGAUAUGAUAUUUAAAAAUUUAAUUUAGUUGUACAAAGUAAAUUCCAGUUUCCUGAGUGGAAGGAAUGUGAGCAAUUAUACCACAUACGGGAUAACCUGUGGUUUGUCCCUCUUUAGUGUGUACACUGUUGUAUAUAGAACAUUCAUGAAAGUUCUGGAGGGGGUCAUCCCAAAGGAUGAAUUUCGACUCCGGAGUAUGGAUUUAUAUUUGCUUUGUUUCGGAUGUUGGAUCCAUUAUGUAGAGAUGACUGAUAACAAGUGUUUUCCCAUUUGUGUAACAAUUUUUUCCAUGAAAAGAGAAUGAAGAGAUGAAAAUUUGAACAGCAGUA